AUGGAGUCCUCUAAUCCGUCAGCACUUGCCCUGCUCUGGCAAGUGUGCCUGGGACUUUUCCCAUUUCUAGCAUCCCCGAGCUUCUGGAUCUGGACGCACCUGGUGCUCUUCAUCCACCGCUAUCUUCGCCUCGUCGUCCAUUGCUUUAGUCAUUGGAUGUACAAGUCGAAACCCAUCCCCGAGAAGCCAAGGCUGACAUCUGACGAUGUCACGGUCGUUAUCCCUACCAUCCACAAUGUCUUUGAGGAGCUACGUCCGUCGUUGGAAAGUAUUUUGGCUUGCCAACCCCACGAACUCAUCCUUGUAACAACAGUGGACAAGGUGGAAAGCCUAAAACAGCUUGCCAAGACCCUGUCUUCUCCCAGCAUCCGAGUCCUAAGCACUCCGAUCGCCAACAAGCGUCUUCAAGUUUGUGAGGCACUUCCACAGGUAGACACCGAAAUCAUCAUCAUGGCUGAUGACGAUGUUACCUGGCCGUCAACUUUGAUGCCUUGGAUCCUGGCGCCAUUUGAUGAGAAUCCGAGAAUCGGUGGUGUUGGAACCUGUCAACGUGUGCGCAGAGAUCCCGACGGCACUUGGUCAGAUCAAAUCUGGAAUUGGCUAGGUUCUGCGUAUAUUGAGCGACGCAACUUCGAGAUCUCAGCCACCCACAACAUUGAUGGGGGAACUUCCUGUAUGUCAGGACGAACUGGCGCCUACAGAUCUGAGAUUCUCCAGAGCCAUGACUUCUUGGAGGGCUUCAAGAACGAGAGAUGGCAAAAUUACACCCUGAAUGCCGACGACGACAACUUUGUGACACGAUGGCUUGUCAGCCACCAGUGGGAGACUUGGAUUCAGUACGAGGCUGAGUGCGAAAUCGAGACUACCCUUGAGUACGGUAUGAAAUUCCUCUACCAAUGCUCCAGGUGGGCGAGAAGCAACUGGCGAAGUAACUGGACAAGUCUUGUGAAAGAGCGUUAUGUGAUUACACAGCAGCCAUGGUGUUCGUAUGCCCUGCACUUAGCCACGUUCACUUCAUUGGCUUGGUUCUUUGACCCCCUCAUCAUCCUAUCACUGUGGUGGGGGACCGCCAACUGUGAUCCCAAAACCCGCCAGACGCUACUUGUAGCAGAACUCACCUGGAUGUUCGGAUUCACAAAGGUGGUCAAGCUGGUGGGGUUGUUCAGGCGCAAUCCGAAAGACAUCAUGUUCCUUCCAGUCUCGAUUAUCUUCGGAUACUUCCAUGGCUUCAUCAAGCUAUAUGCACUUUUCACAUUGAAUAUGACCUCUUGGGGAAGCAGACCAGACGGUGACCUCGAUGACUCUUUGCGUAUGUCGCCUCGUCCAGGACCGAAUGACAGCAUCAUCACACCAAAAGCGCGCCCUGAUGACCUUGAGCAUCUUUACAAACGACCCAUCAAGCGCAGUCGAACGCCGGAGAAGACAGCGGCAGCGUACGGUCACGAAUUCCCGUCCAUUGCUGUGGUGGCUUCAUUGUCGCCUAACUCCCCAUUCCUCAACCCUAAUUAG